UAUAUGUCCCAACAAGUCCCAUAUGUGCUUAUAUAAGUAGCAGCAAGUCUGCAGGCUCUUGCAAUUCAAUUCACACUUGCAAGAACACGUACAUGCAGCAGGUGAUCGAAAAACGAGUGAUUUCCUAGCUAGCUAGCCAAGUUGAAUAGUUGGUCGUUGCGGAAAAUGGCACACGAUCACAAGGUGCUCGACGCUCUCGACGCCGCCAAGACACAGUGGUACCACUUCACGGCGGUGGUGAUCGCCGGCAUGGGCUUCUUCACCGACGCGUACGACCUCUUCUCCAUCUCCCUCGUCACCAAGCUCCUCGGCCGCGUCUACUACUUCAACCCCAACUCCAACACCCCCGGCUCCCUCCCGCCCAACGUCUCCGCCGCCGUGAACGGCGUCGCGUUCUGCGGCACGCUCGCCGGGCAGCUCUUCUUCGGCUGGCUCGGCGACAAGCUGGGCCGCAAGAAGGUGUACGGCAUGACGCUGAUGCUCAUGGUCGUCUCCUGCCUCGCGUCCGGCCUCUCGUUCGGGUCCACCCCCAAUGCCGUCAUGGCCACGCUCUGCUUCUUCCGCUUCUGGCUCGGCGUCGGCAUCGGCGGCGACUACCCGCUGUCCGCCACCAUCAUGUCCGAGUACGCCAACAAGCGGACGCGCGGCGCGUUCAUCGCCGCCGUCUUCGCCAUGCAGGGCUUCGGCAACCUCACCGGUGGCAUCGUCGCCAUCGUCGUCUCGGCGGCGUUCAAGUCCCGCUUCGACGCGCCGGCGUACAAGGACGACCCCGCCGCCUCCACGGUGCCGCAGGCCGACUACGCGUGGCGCAUCGUCCUCAUGUUCGGCGCCAUCCCGGCGCUGCUCACCUACUACUGGCGCAUGAAGAUGCCCGAGACGGCGCGGUACACCGCGCUGGUCGCCAAGAACGCCAAGCAGGCGACGUCGGACAUGGCGCGCGUGCUCAACGUCGACGAGCUCGCCGUGGAGCAGCAGAAGCCGAAGCCGGCGGAGGAGGAGGAGGAGGAAGCCCUCGAGCGCCGCCGCCGCCGCGAGGAGGAGUACGGGCUCUUCUCCCGGCAGUUCGCGAGGCGGCACGGUCUCCACCUGGUGGGCACGACGGUGUGCUGGUUCACGCUGGACAUCGCCUUCUACUCGCAGAACCUGUUCCAGAAGGACAUCUACGCCGCCGUCAACUGGCUGCCCAAGGCGGAGACCAUGAACGCCAUGGAGGAGAUGUUGAGGAUCUCCCGCGCGCAGACGCUGGUCGCGCUGUGCGGCACCAUCCCGGGCUACUGGUUCACCGUCUUCUUCGUCGACGUCGUCGGCCGCUUCGCCAUCCAGCUCGGCGGCUUCUUCUUCAUGACGGCGUUCAUGCUCGGCCUCGCCGUCCCGUACCACCACUGGACGACGCCGGGACACCACGUCGGCUUCGUCGUCAUGUACGCCUUCACUUUCUUCUUCGCCAACUUUGGUCCAAACUCCACCACCUUCGUCGUGCCGGCGGAGAUCUUCCCGGCGAGGCUGCGGUCCACUUGCCACGGCAUCUCUUCCGCUGCAGGGAAGUGUGGCGCCAUUGUCGGGUCAUUUGGGUUCCUGUACGCGGCGCAGAGCACGGAUCCUGCGAAGACGGACGCCGGCUACCCGCCGGGCAUCGGAGUGCGCAACUCGCUGUUCGUGCUCGCCGGAUGCAAUGUGAUCGGCUUCCUGUUCACGUUCCUGGUGCCGGAGUCCAAGGGGAAGUCGCUGGAGGAGCUCUCCGGCGAGAACGAGGACGAAGAGGCAGCACCUGCGCAGAGUAACCAGCAGACCGUCCCGACGGAUUUGAGUGAAUAAACAGACAAACACUACGACUCCUACUUCAACGUCUUCUUGUACCUCCGUACCGUAGAUUGAAUAAACUAAGCAGCAGCCUCCGUACCGCAGCCCCCAACGAACGGAAUGUGAUGCCGAGACGACCGGUACAGAGUGCACAAUGGUUUCCUUGUGGCUUCCGCUAAGAAACCACAUUCGCCCAUUUCGUUUACAUUACAAAGGAACCGAGACAUGGGGUAAAGGAAUCAA